ACUGUCCUUUUAAAUAGAGCGCGGUAACGAUCAAAAAUCAUAAUCAAACCUAAGUUAUGAUUAUCUGCCAUUGAGUAUUGAUCGAGUGAGGCAAAUUUAUGCAGGUGCGCUGCACUUACUUGCGCAUCCGCCAUAACGUCUUUUCUGAAAGGCAAAACUGACAAGUAAGCACUGUAAGUUUGAGUUAAUAAUACUUUGUGUACACGGUGAUUGAGGGUUACAAUUAGACACAGCAAACACGAUCAGUUUAUCACGAUUUGCAACAAACGACCGGUUAACCUUUGACUGGACACCUAGUGGCUUCCACGCACUAGAUCCAAUCUCUACACCAAGAACUUUACUCAAAGAUCGCUUCAUAAUCUUGUCUUCGAACCAAGCCCACCUUCAGGAUGCUGUUGCCAACCAAGAGCAGAUUUUCGGUGUUAUAACCAGCUUUAACUGGUUGUUACCCCGAUCUCAGUCCAACUGAUUGCUUACUAUGCUUGAUUAUAUCUUCUAAUCAUUGCAUGCGUUAUGAAUUCCUUGUUGCGAAUUGCUCUUGUCGAUAUACUUUCAAAAGUUUUAUGGAUAUUCGGUAAGGCUACCAGGAUGCAAAAGUUAACUAUGCAAUGCGAACCUAUUCCUAGUCCUAAUUAAGGGAUCACAGACACUGGAACAGUGCUUUGUUAUGAUGAGUAAAUAUAUCGUGGUUUAAAUAAUCUACAUAUCUUGUUAACGCUGGUUGCUAUCUGUUGCUUUCCUUAAUAAAUGUGAGUGCAUUGUUUCCGCUUACCGGGUCCUCAGAUUUACUUCUUUCUUCUAUUUUCCAGCUCUCUUCACGCUACUCUGCAUUCUCGCCUAGUACGCGAAAAACAUUCUGACUAGUGAAUCGCUAAAAAAUGCAGUCCGGUUGUGCCAAGAUUGUAGAUCCUAUUGAUCUAGAGUAUUUCCUACCACAGAACAAAAUGGAGAAAGUAGAAAAGUGUCCUCCAGAUAUAUUUUUCAGUUUGGAAACCAAUCCUAUUACUGAUGGUUCCGCAUACAUUGAAGUAGGUGAAAUUAAAGUUUCCUGUUCCGUCAAUGGUCCUACUGAGAUGCGCCAAGACAGCCAGUUAGUUGCAGUGCUUAAGUUUGCACCAUUCUUGUCCUGGUUACCGAAAGAUGUUCAAACGUCUAUUGAAAAAAAGCUUAGUCGACUUCUUCUUAGCGCUAUAGAACCUUCUGUCAUGCUUCACCAAUUUCCAAGAGGUAAAUAUGAAAUAGUGACGAACAUCCUGGAUAUACCUUCACAUAAUUCCAGUGGACUAAUAGGAAACUGUUUAGCUGCUGCCAUUACAUGUGCAGGUUUAGCUUUGCUAAACUCAGGUGUUCAGAUGUAUGAUCUUCUAGUAGGAUUAAAUUUGGAUCUCUCUGCUCUCGGUAAUGAAAAUGAACACCUUUGUGUUGCUGUUUUACCUCGUCUUCGUCAGUUUUCUAUGCUUUAUGCAGUGGAUUCAUGCAUGCCUAACACCGAGUUUCUCAAAAAUUGUUUAAAUCACGCUAUGGACAAUUGUAUUAAACUUGCAGAUGUAAUUCGAAGCCAUCUCUGCGGACAGCUUAAAACUAAAAUAAAAUAAAUAUUUACGGUUUCUUUGUUUUGCUAAUAUUUGAUGUCAAAUGCAGAACCUCAAAAAAUAAGGCUUCCACUAUCACCUGUAGGUUGUAUGACAAUAGUCAGGCUUCUCUUUAGGAUUGUUUCUUCUCAGUGUUAUCAUAUCAGUAACUUGUAAGUAUUAAGAAAAUUUGCAGUUUUCGUAGUUUCAAACAUUUCCUCACUUAUAUUCGCAAAUAUAUCCCAAUCCUCUAAAUAACUAUCAAGGGAUCAAAAAUCAGUCGAAGUGUAAGUUUUGGCGUUCACGUACACAAAAAAUGUAAUUGACUUAGUACAGAUCCAUUUUCUCAAAGCUCCUCUGUGCGUGGGAGCUAGCGAUACGAUCCGGUUGCCUAAAUCAGAGGUGAAACGUGGCCUAAAAAUACAACUUAGCGACUGAAAGUCAAAUGCCUUAUUAACUGGAGUACACGUGUUUACAACAAACAGUGCCACAGCGUAACUGCAAUUGGCCUAAUGUAGUUAGGUUUGUAUUAAGAACUAUAGUCAGGGGGUUGUGUUGGUGAAUUUUUCAUAUUAACCAAUCUGGUGAUAAUAUUUUCAUUGACAGACAGACAAUACUAAGGUAACUUACCAAACAUUAGAAACAAAGGAUAGCUCUUGCAUUUGAUGCUAUAAUUGUGUAAGUGUAGAUUCUCAUAGUCUAUUAUGGAAUACAAGUUGGAGACUUACUUACGCCUGUUACUCCAAAUGGAGAAUAGGUUGCCGACCAGCAUUUUCCAACCUUCUCUCUCCUGGGCCUUCCAUUCUAGUUCUAUCCAAUUGUUGUUCAUUCUUUUCAUGUCUACCUCCACUUCUCGGUGUAAUGUGUUAUUUGGUCUUCCUUCUCUCCCUUGACCUUGAGGAUUCCAAGUGGGGGCUUGCCUUGUGAUGUAGUUGGGUGCUUUCCUCAAUAUGUUCCACCCACUUCCGGAUUUCUUCCUCCGCUGGGAUCUGCUUUGUUCUCUCCCACAGUAAGUUGUUGCUGACAGUCUCUGGCCAACGAACCCGAAGUAUUUUGCGUAGACAACUGUUAAUAAACACUUGUAUCUUCUAGAUGAUGGUUUUCGUAGUUUUCCAAGAUUCCGCCCCAUAGAGUAGAACUACCUUGACACUUGUAUUGAAAAUUAUGACCUUGGUGUUGGUUGCCAAUUGUUUUGAGUUCCAGAUGAUCUUCAGUUGUAAAUAUGCUACUCUUGCUUUUCUGAUCCGCGCCUUCACAUCUGCAUCAGAUCCACCGUGCUCAUCAAUGAUGCUGCCCAAAUAUGUAAAGGUGUUAACAUCUCCCUAAUCUUCUCCUUCAAUUGUGAUUGGAUUGGUGCAUGUUGUGUUGUGUCGGAGAAUCUUGCUUUUCCCUUUGUGUAUGUUGAGACCUACUGCUGCCACACUGGUUGUCUUCUGCAUUUGUUGUUGCGUGUGGGACACGAAUAUGAAUAGUUUAGUUGCUUAACAAUUAUACGAUAAAAAUAUACGUAUAAUAUUGGUUCAUAAAUGGAUCCCAAAAGUUACCAUUCAUUGUUCUCAUCGGGAUAUAACACCUCCAUGAACGAAUUUUCAGUUCAAUCCAUCAUAGGAACUCCGUAUGAUAUUGACUGUCUUCUCAGGCACACCGUAAUGUUGUCCUGUCCAGGCUAUCAAAUGCUUUCUCAUAGUCAAUGAAGUUGAUGUAGAGUGAUGAAUUCCACCCAAUUGAUUGUUUCACAAUGAUCCGUAGUGUUGCGAUUCGAUCUGUACACAAUCGAUCCUUACGGAAUUCCAGCCUGUUGGUCUCGAAGUUGGGCGUCUACGGGGUCCUUCAUUCUGUUUAACAAUACCCUGUUGAAGACUUUUCCUGGUGUUGAGAGAAGAUCGAUGCCUCUGUAGUUCUCACACUUGCUGAGAUCGCCUUUCUUUGGUGUCCUUCUUUCCAGUAUGUUGGUAUUUGUUCUUCAUCCCAAAUAUGCUGAAGAGAAUGUGGGGUAUCUGCAGUUACUACUACGUCUGCUUUCAAUGCCUCUGCUGGAAUGUUGUCUGGUCUCGCUGCUUUGCCGCUCUUGAUUUGUCUGAUGGCCAUGAUGCAAGGAAACCUCUUAGCGUCCUACUUAAUGAUAGCCACGCUAAGAAUAUAUUUCAGGAACAACUAGACAAACAGUUAGGCAGUCACAUAAGUGAUGCCCAACCCGAGGCAGCGUGGAAAAACAUCCGAAAAGCUGUGGAAACAGCAGUGAUAUCUGCUAGUACGGUAAACCGUAAGGUUAGGGAGAAACACUAGAUCUCAGCAGUAUCUGCCGCACUGAUAGAUGCUGGGAAACUCAUUCCACCUGACUCUGAACAUAAUGAAGAGCGGAGUCAGCUUAAGCGCAAGCUGACAAGAAGUCUACGCAAUGAUCGCGAACAGUGGUGGGUAACGAAAGCAAGAGAGAUGGAAAAGGCAGCGGCAAUAUGCAACAGCAGACAACUGUUCAGACUUGUUAAGGAAACAGGUAUUAGGAACCCAACUGUUAACGAAACUAUCUCGGAGAAUGAUGGACAUAUUAUUUAUCCUCAAUCCAGGAGAUUGGAUUGAUGGGCAGAACACUUUAGGGAUCAGUUCAACUGGCCUUCAGCCACACUUCGGUUUCCCACGAUCUCCAGUCAACCUGAAUGGCAAGUUAAUGUAGGUCCUCCGACUCGAUGAAAUUUAAAAAGCUAUCGGAAAUCCGAAGCGAGGGAGAGCAGCAGGUCCUGACAGGCUUACUCCUGAGAUUUUUAAGGAUGGUGGUUCAGUAUUAGCAGUGAGAUUAUCUGAGGUCUUAGGUAGAAUUUGGGAACUGGACGUAAUCCCAUCUGACUGGUCUCAAUCACUGGUUGUGCCAGUCUAUAAGAAAGGACAAAAGUCCUCCUGUG